AAAAGCAAUUGCUGUUGAUACAUAACGUUUGGAAAAACGUUUGCAAAAAUAUAUAUCAAUGUCCAAGCAAUUUACAGUUCUCUUGUCAAAAUUGUCCGGCGUUUUAACGCAUAUGCAUUUAAAUGUUCAGUUAUUUAUUUAAUAUUUGGAUUUUCUCGCCGUACACGCAUAGAAUGUCUUGAGGACUUUGACCUUUGUAUCUAGCGUCGGCAAGAAGCUCAAAGGGGCGUAUCGACUCUACCUUUACAUAUCUGUGUGCUGCAAGACGACAAGAACAAAAGCUCGAAGACGACGACGACAAACCCGUAAACAUGUUGAAAAAUGUGGUUAGGGAGCGAAUAAAUGAAGCCGCUGACGACAUCUGCGGCAUGUUUGAAAGAACACUUGCGUCAUACGAGGAGGAACUUUGUCGAGCGAGAGAAGAGAACAAGAAACAACGACGACAACUGGAAGCUGCUGUCCGGGCUAACCCGAUGGUGUGGCACAUGCCAGGGGUCCAGCGGAUGAUCGGUUGUCCACAAAAACUUGGGCAUCAACAGCAGGUUGGGACCACCAGUUUUGAGCGCAACCACUCGCAGCCCUCCUACGUCAGAGAAAAAAAGGAUAAUCCACUCCCCAAUGUCCCUGUCAAGGAGGAAGAGGAAGAGGAAGAGGCUGAUGUAAGCAAAUUGCCAUUGACAGUUGUUGUUGUUGGGAAGAGUGAAGACAGCGAAGAUGAAGCACCUGAGAUGGCGGAGGAUGACUGUCACAGUCCAAGUUGCACAGGACCACCACCGGACGACCUCUUGGCGUCACUGUCGCAUAAUGAAGACAUGGAAGAACCUCUGAGGAGCGAUGCAGACUCUCAAGGAGAUGACAACCAGUCAGAACACUUGGAAAAAGACACGAUGGGCAAGAGACGACACGCUGGUAUCAAACCUUUUAGUUGCCCGGUUUGUGGCAAAAGAUUUAUUCGGAAGGAUUACGUGAUCACACACAUGUGGACACACACGGGAGAAAAACGUUGCAGUUGCUCACUUUGCGGUAAAAGUUUCACUUGUCAGCACAAUUUGAACAUACACAUGAGAACACACACGGGAGAAAAACCCUACACUUGUUUGGUGUGCGGCGAGAAAUUCCGUCACAGGGUCUCUUUGAUUGCGCAUAUGGCAACGCACACUGGGGAAAAACCUUUUCCUUGCACCGUUUGCGGCGAAAAGUAUUCGUACAAGUUCACAUUGACGGAGCACAUGCGGACGCACACGGGAGAGAAACCUUAUAGUUGCUCAGAGUGCGACCAAAGAUUCUCUCGAAAAGAACAUUUGAGCAGCCACAGGAGAGUUCACACCAAUGAGAAACCCUUUAGCUGCUGUAUUUGCAAUAAAAGGUUUGUUAAAAAGUCUAAUAUGGAAUUACACAUGAGGACGCACACGGGCGAGAAACGUUUCAGUUGCCCAGUUUGUGGAAAAAAAUGUACUCAAAAAUCGCAGAUGACGUCACACAUGAGAACGCACACGGGAGAAAAACCUUUUGCGUGUUCGAUUUGCGGUGAUAAAUUUACUCAUAAGGUCACUUUGAUUACGCACACAGCAAAACACACGGGAGAAAAACCUUUCAUUUGUGCACUUUGUAACCAAAGCUUUUCUUCCAAGUAUUAUUUGAAUGUACACUUGCGGGGACACAAUGGACAAUAAACACUUCAGUGAAAAAUUGA